GAGAGAGAGAGAUGGAUUAGCGAUGGAGGCAAGUGCGGAGGACACGCGUGAAGCGUGAAUGUAAUCUCUACGCUCCGUCACGUCGUUACGGUAGAUACGAAGGGGGUUAUACACACCAGGGAAAUUCAGGUCAGAGGUGAAAGUUUUUAUUAAGUCGUACGUUGGGACAAAAUACCUGUUGAACAUGUAAGCAUACGUGAAACGUUUUGAGAGCACAAGAACUGCGUCGUGUCUUCGUCGUUCAACGAAUUCGUACACGAAAUUUGAAAGAAUAAAAAAAAAAGGAAAAGGAAAAAACAGCAUGUCUGUAAACAAGUCACUUUUGGCGAUGUUACGAAAAAGCAACGGAAUGUCUUCGUUGUUGUGCGACAGGUAUAAUGUUCUGUGCAUCGAAAAUCGUGCUCCAACGUCACCUCGUAGACGAAUCUUUUGCGAGGACGCGAAAAAUUAUGGGACUAAAGUGGCUGCUAAUCAAAAACCCGAUUGGAAUCGUGCGGUCUCCGAAGCUGAAAAAAUUGUCGGUUAUCCUACGUCUUUUUUAAGCUUACGAUGGUUACUCAGCGAUGAAAUCGCCAAUGUUGCUCUUCAUCUCAGAAAACUCGUUGGAUCCAAUCAUCCACUGCUCAAAACUGCCAAAAGCUUAAUUUACAAUGGAAGAAAUAAUAUGCAAGCUUGGGGUCUUAUAGUAUUACUGAUAUCAAAAGCUGCCGGACAUCUGCACGUCGAUGAUAUGGAAGAGGACAAGGCUGCUGGAGUAUUGCACAGCCAAAGAGCAUUGGCAGAAGUGACGGAAAUGAUUAGAACUAGUCACUUGGUUCAUAAAGGUUUGGUCAACAUACAACCUGGUGUUUACCCUGAGGCUUCCGAACUAAAUGACAUGACUUUUGGUAACAAAAUUGCUCUUCUUAGUGGUGAUUAUUUGCUAAGUAACAGCAGCGCAGAGCUCGCCAACUUAAGGAACCAGGAUGUGGUAGAGUUAAUGUCUAGCGCUGUUAGGGACUUGGCAGAAGCAGAAUUCGUAGGUCGAAGGGAUAGUCAAAAUAAUCCACUUCCGGCAGAACCGCCACAGGACCGAACUGGUUAUGCAGUUAGAGAAUGGACCCUCCAAAAUGUUUUGAGUGCAGGUGCAUUAUUAGGCAAAUCUUGUCAAGGAACAUUGACAUUGGCGGGACACAACGAAGAUAUUCAAGCACAGGGGUACAAAUUUGGCAAACAUUUGGCUCUGGCAUGGCAGGCUUGUUUGGACCUCAGUCCGUUCAUCAGCAGAGACGCUGGAACGCCUUUCAAUCUGUGCUCAGCUCCAGUCAUGUUUCACAUCGAGUAUAAUCGCUCUAUUUUGACAGAAAUAGAUAAAGGCCUUGAAUCCGUCGCAAAUGUGGAUUACGACAAGGUUUACGAAAUCGUAACAAAAGGGCCUGGAAUCGAGCAGACAAAAGAGUUACAAAAAGAACAUUCGCAAAAAGCGAUGCAAGUCCUGAGUGUAUUCCAGGAGAGCGACGCGAGAACAGCUCUCGCUAAUAUAAUCGAGGCGAUGGGAGAUUUUUAGCAAAAGUUUAAAGGGGAUAGGCUGAUGUGAGUAAAUAGAAUGGGAAAAAAAUAAUUAAAAUGAUGCACAAAUCAGUUUGACGCAAGAGCGUCAAAUUUGCAUUCGUUGAAUAUAUCAAACGUAUCUUGGGUCAAUUGUUCAAGAUACAUUGAAGUAAUGGUGAUGACGUAUGAAACAAUGUCGAUGGGCUGAUGUAUAUUUUUUUUAUCAAUGGAACGGAGUUGUAUGUUGUGGUGGAAGACUGGGAUACUCACAAUCAGACUUAGGCACCAUUCUAAUGAAAAAAUAUUCAAAAUACUCGUUUUCAGCGAAAUAUAACAAAACAAACAGAUUUAAAAAAAAUUAUUUAUCAUCAUGGAGGACGAUUGAAAAUAAUUUUUGAUCCAUAAAAUUUGCAAUUUUGAUGGUCGCACAAAAUAUAUUUACAUUGUGGACAAAUCAUUUUCAAAUAAUUAUUUACGAAAUGUUUGUUUUUUGCGAAGCAAGGAAAAAUUGACAAUGGAAAGUUUUUUGUGCUUUUUUGCUUAUUAUAUACUUGUUGAUGCCAAAAAUGAUUGGAUCUUACGUUGUAAUAACUUUGUAUCAAAUCAGACUUUGAUACCGAUUUACAAAAAUGUAAAUGAGACUUUGUGCUUUGUUUUAUAAAACAGUGAAAGAUUUUCUAAA